GCGUCACUCACUGCUGCUCACCGAGCGAGCCCCUCCCUCCUCCACGAAGCUCGGGCGGUGAAGCGAGGAUUCACUCCAGCCAGGUACCGCGUCUGUCCGCCGGUGUAGGAUGCUGUAGCUCUGACCCACGGAACCUGCGGACUGUUGCGGCGUGGCCUUCAAAGGUCAGAGUGAUGCUCCUGGCGGCUCUGCUGUGAUCUUUGUUGCUGCGGUUUCCACAGAAACGAGACGACGGUGGGGAGAAGGCAGUCAGGUCGCAGAAAGAUGACAUCGCCGUCGCCCACUCACAGCGACAGCAGCGGCUCCUCCAAACAUGACAGCAACCAGGACAGCUGGGAGAUCGUGGAGGGGCUCAGGGGGGUUCCUGCCAGCAUGCAGGAGCCUGACAGACAGGAGGGCAUGCUGCUCAAGAGGAGGAAGUGGCCCAUGAAGGGGUGGCAUAAGAGAUACUUUGUGCUGGAAAAAGGCAUCUUGAAGUAUGCAAAGCGUGGACCAGAUCUGAAGAAGGGGAAGCUUCACGGCUGCAUCGAUGUCGGUCUCUCUGUCAUGUCAAUCAAGAAGAAAGCCAUGUGCAUCGACCUGGAUACAGAGGAUAACAUCUAUCACUUAAAGGUGAAGUCUCCGGAGCUGUUUGAGGAGUGGGUGUCAAAGCUGCGUCAUCACCGUGUGUUUCGGCAGAACGAGAUUGCCAUGUAUCCCCACGAGAGGCACCUGUUCCACCCCCACGCCUCGUCCUCCCCCUCCCUCAACGACUCUCUGAGAAAAAGGGCAACUCUUACCAAACAGGCGUCGAUCCACCAGGCAAAGGUCAGUUCUUGGCUCCACUCCUCAGAGGACAUGGACAAGUGCUGCAAAGACUUGGAGGAAUGUGAGUCGUACCUGCUGGAGCUCAACCUGCUGCUGAAGAGCAUGGAGGUCCUCCACCGCACGUACUCAGCCCCGGCCAUCAGUGCACUACAGGCAUCAACUUACGACAUCCCCAAAAAAGAGAAGAGACCAAGACGGUGGCGAUCCAAAAACAAUGGCAAGGAAACCAAAGCCACACUACAGGUCCCGAGCUGCAUCUCGUCCCAGUCCCCUCGUCUCCACGCCUCAAACCCAAACCUCUCCACCACGGAGGCAAACACCCAGGAAGUCUGUCCCGAAUCUCCAGACUCGCCUACAGAUGUGUCCCGUCUACAGGAAGACUUCUGCAGGCUGGCCAACAACAUCCACGCCACGCUGAAAUCAGCUUUUAGCUCCCUGGUGGCAGAGAGAGACAGACUGAGGCACACCAUCGACCUGCAGGCCCCACAACCAGGGCAGGUCAUGGGCUUGAAAACCGCCUACGCCUCAGUGAGUGUCUCCAUGACUCAACAAUCACUGUUCCGCAUGAUUACACCACAGAUCCCCCCCCAUCACCACAGGUCUAAUUCUACAAAAACGACCUCUUAUGCUCAUCAGGAAUGUCCGGGUGUCUCUCACUCAUUGGUCCACCAGGCGUCCAAUGACAGCAAAGCAUCUAUUCCAGAGUCCAUAUCAGAGUUUUUCGAUGCUCAGGAGUACCUCCUCUCAUCGUCCUCCUCUGAGAAUGAGGUGUCUGACGAUGACUCGUACAUCAGUGAUGUCAGUGAUAGCGUCUCCAUGGAUACCUACAGCAACGAGGGAGGCAGUGAGAGACACAACUCUGUCAGCAGCGUGGUGACCCUGGCUCGUCGGCGCUCCACGCUGCCUGCCCCGAGCCCCACCAGCAGUGUGAGCCUGUGGAAUAUCCUGAGGAACAACAUCGGCAAGGACCUGUCCAAGGUGGCCAUGCCGGUGCAGUUAAAUGAGCCUCUCAACACCCUGCAGAGGCUGUGUGAGGAGCUGGAGUACAGUGAGCUGCUGGACACCGCCAACCAGACCAAUGACCCUUACCAGCGCAUGGUGUACGUUGCUACGUUUGCAAUAACAGCGUAUGCGUCCUCCUACCAUCGAGCUGGGAGUAAACCCUUUAACCCUGUCCUGGGAGAGACGUACGAGUGUGACAGACCUGAUAAAGGCUUCAGGUUUAUAGCUGAACAGGUGAGUCACCACCCACCUGUGUCGGCAUGUCACUCUGAUUCAAGGAACUUCAGCUUUUGGCAAGAUGUUCGAUGGAAAAACAAAUUCUGGGGCAAAUCCAUGGAAAUUGUUCCCAUGGGAACCACCCAUGUCACACUACCUGCGUUUGGGGACCACUACGAAUGGAACAAAGUGACGUCCUGCAUCCACAACAUCCUGAGCGGCCAGCGCUGGAUCGAACACUAUGGAGAGAUGUCCAUCAAAAAUAUCAACAGCAAUGACUGCCAGUGUAAAAUCACAUUUGUCAAGGCAAAAUCAUGGAGCUCUACGGUGAACGAGAUAGAGGGUGUGGUUACAGAUUCAAAAGGGAAAGUUGUACACUCCAUUUUUGGAAAAUGGCACGAGUCUGUGUUUCAAGGCGACCCGCCUUCUGCCACAUGUAUCUGGAGAGCAAACCCCAUGCCAGGGGACCAGGAACAGUACUAUGGCUUCACCCAGUUUGCAGUGGAGUUGAAUGAGCUGGACUCCACCCUGAGACCUCUGCUGCCCCCCACAGACACACGCUUCAGGCCGGACCAGAGGCUGUUGGAGGAGGGGAACACAGAAGGAGCUGAGGAGCAGAAGCAGAGGAUAGAGCAGCUCCAGAGGGAGAGGAGGAAAGUGCUGCAGGACAACAGCAUGACACACCAGCCACGCUUCUUCAAGAAGUCGAACAACGACACGUGGGUGAGCAACAACUCGUACUGGGAGCAGCGCAGAGACCCUGGCUUCGCUAAAAUGGACUUCCCUGUGUUGUGGUGACCUCUGGGUUCAACCAAACCUCUCCACUACAACUUACCAUAGAGAGGGAAGUAAAAAAAAAAAAAACUGAACUGAGACCAGCGUCCAAGUGUCUUGACCGGGUUAAACCAAGCUGCUCCAUGUCAUGGCAACCCAAACCUAAACGGACUUCCUGCUCCCUCUUUCAGGACCAAGCAGAGCCUGUAGAACUUGUGAUGGUUUUGUUUUCUCUUGUUAAUUAUGUUUCUCCUUCAGGUUACAUUCCCUCCUCUCGUUAUCAAAACUGUCAUUUCCACAGAUUUGUGGCAUCAUUAUGUCCCGUUUCAUCUCAGCAUUUACCAAAGUGCCUUUUCAUUGCAGUGCCUCACUCAAUCAACUGCUGGAGCAGUCAUGCAAAAACACUUUUAUUCAGAGACUUUAAAAAAAACAACCUUGUGGAUGAUGUCAGUAUGAUAUGUGGAGAGAAAAAGGAUCAGGGUUGGAAAUGAACUUGUUCCAAAGGUCAAAAACUGCUCGAGUAUUCCUCCAUCCAGUCAGCAUCACGACGUUUUGAAUAACAAAAGAGGGACUUCAGACUUUUUGCUGCCUUGUUAGAGUCACGACUGUCAAAGACUGUGGACAGUAUUUAUCAGUGAGGGAAACAGCAAUAAUACUCUGUGUUCAAAGAAGAUAAUAAACUGUACAAUGGAUGGACAAGUU